AAUAGAGAGAUGCGAUGCAACAAUUUUUUUUUUGGAUUAGGUGUCACGAUAUUCCGGUCUCAGCCAUGGGCCACCUUAAAGGAGUGAUCGAAGAUGCCUUUGGACCUAUUCUUCGUGUUUGUGCAGCAUAUAAGGAUCGUCUGUCUCCCGAUCUUCGGGAUAUCAGGUUUGAUCUUCAGCCCUCCGCUAAACUGAGAUACAAGAAACGAUUAAUUAUUAAUCUGAGCGAUCUGGGUCGGAUGGAAAUCGAUGUCACCUGCGUUACCACUCCGUGGUGUUCGGUAUGUAGACGUCAUUUUCAUAAAGAUACGGAUGACUGUUGUCCUGCUAAGAAAAAGAAAUCUGGCUCACGGGAGAAGGAAGCGGUGAAACAGGGAGAUGGUAAUGAAGGAGAUCGGGAGGGAGGCAAAGGGAAAGGGAAGGGAAAGAGCAAAGAUGGUAAGGGAGAUAAGGCGGAAGGUGACGAAGGGGAAAAAGGAAAGGGUAAAGAAGGAAAUGGGGAAAGGGAAAAGGAAAAGGGGAGGAAAAAGGGUAAGGAAGUGACCCCUGAGAAGGAUGAUGGCAAUGGAAAGGGAGAGAAGGGAAAGCAGAAGUGGAAGGACAAGGGAGGGGAGGACAGUGGAAAGAAAGGUGGUGAAGAGGAAAGCAAAGAGGCAAAGGAAAGGGAGAAAGUAAAGGAGCCUUCACCAAUCUCCAAAGAUGACUUGAGGGUUGAAAAGCAGACAGAAAAGCAGAUAGAUGGCAGCGGGACACGAAAAGAGAAACUCAAGGGAAUUGAGACUGGAGCUGAAGGGGGUAAUAGAGGGAAAGCAGGAGUGAAAGUGGGUAAGAGUACGACCAAGGCCAUAUGGAAAGAAAAGGGGGGCAAGGGAUUGUCCUCUUUUGAUAAAUUGGCUGUUGUUGCUGAUAAAUUCGUAAAUGAACUGUCAAAUCCCUCCUUCAUCUUCGGCAUUCCGAAACCAAAGAAGAAGAAGAAAGGGAAGUUAGGCAAGACAGGCCAAAACAGGGAGGACAAUGGAAACAAGGAUUGUAUUGAGGAGAUACAGGCAGACCCCAGUCCACCCGCCACGAACGCUGGUACAGACUUGGAAGAGAGGCACGAUCGACAGAUGUCGCCUGAGCUUGACCUCGAUCCAAAGGCUCCACCGGAGAAAGAUUACCUGGAAUUUGCUGUCCCAGGUCUGUUCCAAGAGGGACAAAUUUGGUUUGAACCCUCCAAGGAGAUUGUGCACCCAAAUAAAAAAGCACGAACAAAUGAUGGGACUGCUGCAGCGACGGGGGAGGAACGGACCAUGAGCGACACUGACCAGGAAGUCCGGGAAGAUGUUCAGACAAAAAAGAGAAGUCAUCCGGGUCGGUCUGCUAAGAAAUCACUCUUGGUUGCGCACCCAAUGGCUACCCUAACUAAGAAAGAUAAGGAGAACGGCUCGAUCAAGAACUUCCUCAUUUCACUCAUCUGUGUAGAUUCGCCACUGGGCCUAAUGAUCUUCACAGAGAGAUCGAACGAGGAAGUGUUAUCAAUCCCAUCCAUUGAAGUGCAUGCAGUGGUCGCUGAGGAACAGAUUCCAGCACUGGUUAAUGCCCAGGUGUUAAUCGAUCAGGGCUCAUGCCUGCUGUUAUCAGAACCUCGCAUGGGGAGACACGUAGCUACUUUGCCAAAUGGCAAGAAAGCUCUUCUGCACAUAGUUUUUCUGGGUUUGAACUUUCUUUCUGAACCUGCGAUCAAGUUGUGUCAGGAAAGAACACUCUGGUGUCCUUUACUGGACCUCAUUACCCCGACCUGGGACUCCCUAGCUGAAAUCCGUUUGGCCCAAGAGCUGACAGUCAAAUAAGUUGCGGACUGGAUAAUCCGUACAGAAGCUGGUUCAACUCUGUCAAGCCCCGGGUUUCAGUCAAAAGUCAAGGCAGCUAGUCAAUCCCAGACCCAGU